AUGGCUGAUGAUGAAAGUUUGUUUUCCCUCGAAGUUAUCGUCGAAAAUCUUGAUAAUAUUUAUGUUUCCUGUCGUAAGCCAGCUGUAGCUUUUCGCCUACUUGAUUUCCCAACAGUUGUUAUACGUUCGGAACGCGAAUUCCAUGCAAACGAGCUAUCGUAUGAAAUUCAAUCGGGAAAGUCGUGCCUUUUCAAAAUGAGUGCAGAUAUUCUCCGAGAUAGACUGCGAGAUACACCUUUGUACAUCAUGCUGGUGGACGCCUCCUUCACGAAUACCAAACUUCUGGCGAGUACAACUAUCUCCUUGGUAAGUUCCUUUCAAAACAUACGCGCAAAUACUGAAAAUAAUGGAUUUGACAUGCCUGCUGUUUCAGGAGACAAGGGAGAAUACGAGAUGUACAAUUUAAUGGGCUCUUGUGUUGCUACGGUAAAGCUAGCUUUCAGAAUGUUUAGUUUUGGCGUCGGUAUUACCGGGCAUGUGAAGCAAUCGCUUUCGAAGCAAAUUAAGCGAAAGAAGAAAGAAAGUAUUCCAACUGAACCUCAGACACUCUCUGAGGAAGCUACUAAUAUUGGUGAUAUAAGGGCAUCACCUGAGCAAAAUGAGCACAUUGCAAGUGACAACGAGAUUCCAGUUCAACCCAACAUAGUACAACACACUCACAUUAUGCUAGCUGAUGCUGAUACUCAAACUAACAUAAGUAUAGGGCAAAAUAUGAAACUACAUGAAAAAUUGAACACCCCAGAGUUAUUAAGUAUUCAACAUCAUAAUAUUACAAGACCACCACCAUUAUACUACAACAGCAUUUCAGCAUUCACCAAACUGCCAGUAGUCUUAAAGUCCUCAGAAAGACAGAUUAAAAACCCCAGUGAUGAAUCUACAGCGGCCAGAGUAGUGCCUACAUCAUCAGGAAAAUUAGUAAAACAUCCUAAAGAUGAAAUGCAUUUCAGGCCAGGAUAUAUUGAUGCAUCCGUACAAACAUCUGAAAGCCAUCAAGGUAAUGCUUCAACUCAGUGUUCACAUGAUAAAAAAUUAAGCCUGCCUCUGAUUGAGGCAUUGCUUGAUGAACUAUCCUUAGUUAGGACCAAAUAUGUAAAUGAUAGUUUACCUGAACAAAAUCAUGAACAAUGCACACCACCUAAUAAAAGUAAACAAGUCAGGAUUCACGAGAAAGAUCAUGUCAUCCUAAACUAUCCACAAGAUCAAAAAAUUCCAAAGACACAGAAAUCUGGCAGGAAAGAGAAACCAUCACACCCAGUAUUCAGAAAGGGUGCCAUUGUGUCUAAACCAGUUAUGCCCAUUAAAAAAGGUGUUUUGAUCUCCAGACAUCCUGUAAAGUUUAAAAAAAGUUCACUGAAAUAUGGGACAACUAGGACUCAGAAAUUAAGAGAAGCUAUGAAUAAGAAAAAUUUUAAACUGGUUGAAAAGGAAAUAGGGGAACCAAAUGUUGCUGCUGGAAAAUUGUUGCCAGAACAUGGUUCAAAACAAGAUGAAAAUGACUCAUAUGCCAAGCAUUUUGAACAGAAAGCUGAGCAGAUAUCAAGAGAAAAUAAUCCAACAAUGAUGCAGAAAAGUGAAUUGGAAUAUCAGGAUUUUGGUAUACAAGUUAAAAUGAGUGAUGAUAAUUUUUCUAGUACAGAACAAAAAUGUCUUAGCAAAGGCAUGUUAUUUGAUGGUAUUGAUAAUGGUGUAAGUAAUGAUAUUGGCCUAGGUGCUACGUACAAGUACGAUGCAAUUCGCGAUGCAAGUGCUACUCCCACAUCAAAUCAAAUUGAAGACGCUUAUAAAUUAUUCAGUGACGAAGACCGUGGUAAGGUUCCAAAUGUAUCAGAUUUGGUGUCCAUAGCAACAAACAGAAAAUACACUUACAAGGAAAGGUAUGAUAAUGGAUUACAAGAAAGGGCUCUUUCCUCUGACGGUGGAUUUUCAGAAAAAAGUCUAAAUAUGGGUGAUGGGCCGGGCGGUCAAAUUUACGUAAACCCUGAAGGAUCCACUAAGGAAUCUGGUUCAUCAGGCAGAAGAAUAUCAGAUGGGAGUCUCGCUUCAGUGAAUAAGCCAGGUGGUAAUGUUCCUAGUAACGAUGAAGGAUCCAGCAAAGAAUCGCCUGGUAGAUCCUCAUUGUGCAGUAGAUUAUCCCUUGAAAGUCUAGGCCUAUCAAUCAGCCAAUUGGCAAGGUUUUGAAUGCAACUUUUUCCGAAAAUUUAGACUCUAAUGUUGAUGAAGUUUUAUCGAAGUCAAGUUAUUCGGAUAAUUUUGACUCCGAUGGCGAUGCAAGUAACUACGACAGCAAAAGAAGCAGUGACGUGACAUGAUUUCGGCCAUUAUACAAAUUACCAAAGGGCUUACCAUUGCUAAACAAAACCACCUGUAUUGUAUAUAUAAACGUGAACCAAAAUAUGAAUUUAAGGGGCCGGUUGUACGAAGGCUGGUUA